UAGGUGGUCCUGGCAGACGAAGAAAACAAACCAUUCUGAAUCAGCUUGUAUAUCUCCAUCAUCUCAUCACUUCCAUCAUGAAGUUGCUGGUUUUGUGUGUCCUGGUUUUCUCUGAGAUGGCAUGGGCCGGAGCUGAUCCUGUUCCAGAUGAUGGCUCUGCUGAUGAAGAUCCAAUGGACUUGGUCCAGAGAUCUGCUUCUUGUCCUUCUGGCUGGUCUGAGUACAACGGUAACUGCUACCACUAUGUUUCCAUGCCCUUGGAUUGGGCUUCAGCUGAGAGGCACUGCAUGUCCAUGGGGGGACAUCUGGCAUCAGUUCAUAACCUAAGGGAGUACCAUCAGAUUCAGCAUGUGAUAAGAACGGCAAGUUAUAGGUCUGAACAUACAUGGAUUGGAGGCACUGAUGCACAGAAGAAAAACGUUUGGUUUUGGAGCGAUGGAAGCCGUUUCCACUACACAAACUGGUGUCCAAGAGAGCCUAACAAUUGGGGAGGCAACCAGUACUGUUUGCUGAUUAACCAUACAGUUGGAAAGUGCUGGGCUGACCAAACAUGUCUCGCUCAUCUCCCAUCUGUCUGUGCCAAGAAAGCCUGAGCAGUCCGAGAGGAAACCUCUUUCUGGCAUAAAAAUGCUUGAACCAGAACCAGUGGAGGAUGCUUUAUU